UGCCCUCCCCAGGGCCGCCCGGCUGAGCUGCUCGAACCGUUGCCCUCGAGCCGGAGCGGGAGGCACCGGCGGGCGGCCCGAGGGGCUGGGGGCGAGCAGGGCCCCCCCCAGGACUCCGAGGGGCUGGAGGAGGUGUACGCCUCGCUCAGCUCCCUGCGCACUGAGGUCGAGCAGCUGCGGAGGCCCCUGGGCACCCCCGAGAGCCCCGCGCGUGUCUGCAAGGAGCUGCAGCUCUGCCACCCGCACCUGCAGGACGGCGAGUACUGGAUUGACCCCAACCAGGGCUGCUCCCGCGACGCCUUCAGGGUUUUCUGCAACUUCACAGCCGGCGGCGAGACCUGCCUCUUCCCCGAUAAGAAGUUCGAGGCCGUCCGCCUGGCUGCCUGGAACAGGGAGAAGCCGGGGACGUGGUACAGCACCUUCAGGAGGGGCAAGAAGUUUUCCUACGUGGACGCGGACGGGAACCCGGUGCCCGUGCCCCAGCUCACCUUCCUGCGCCUCCUGAGCGCCAGCGCCCGCCAGAACUUCACGCUGACCUGCCAGCACGCCGCCGCCUGGUACGACGCCCGCGCCGCCUCCUUCGCCCGCGCCCUGCGCUUCCGCGGGGCCAACGACGAGGAGCUGGGCCACGGCCACCCGGCCGCCCCCGUCCGCGCCCUCCACGACGGCUGCCAGGAACGCCACGGCCAGGAGCGGACGGUGCUGGAGGUGUCCUCGUCCCGCGUCGAGCGGCUGCCGCUGAUGGACGUGGCCGUGGCCGACUUCGGGGACUCCAACCAGAAAUUCGGCUUCGAGCUGGGCCCCGUCUGCUUCGUGGGCUGAGCGCGGCCCCCGGACAUGGGCGGGCGGGGGUCUCUGUGCCCCCCCUGUCGCCCCCCACGCCAGGGACAAUGGACCCAGGCUCUGCUCUGGCAUUCUCAGGACUCGGAGCCGUCGCAGCGCCGUCGCCUCCUGCCCUCGUGGGCCCCCCCUUAUUUAUACUGCCGGCUCCUUGAGGCGGGAGGGGGGCAAAGCUGGGGCAGGGCACCCCAGAUUGUAGGGAGGGGGGUCUCGAGCCCCCUCCCCGUGGUGCUACAACGCUCCCUUAGUGAAGCACUGGACGUGCCCUCGGCACGGCGACCCCGAGAGCCCCAACCUGCGGGGACCGGGGGACUCCGGAUCCGUGGUCCCCCUCCCGGUGCCAUUGCCCCGUUGCCACGAUUUUACCGUGGUCCCCCGCGGGGGGAGCCCCCUUUUGAGGGGGGGGUCUCCCCGUUUCACCAUGGGGCAGAGCUGGGGAAGCUCGGUGCCGGUCCCGGUGCCGUUACUGUACGAUAAACCCGACUGUAUGGAA